GGAAGGCUUCUUCCUGUUAUUACACCUGUAACUUGACUGUACUUCGAUACCUGGAACAAAACGUGGUUCAAGGGUCGUUUUCACUCAUCGCCAGGCCAGUUAGUUUUAUAGUCUACAUAGGGUCUGUGCUAAAAAAAAACCUUCUAAAUUGUAAAGUUGUCGGUGUGAUUUGUGUAUCAAUGCCUUUCCCUCCUUAGUUAUUCUUGAGUAACGAGUGAGAGUCCUCACGUCUGCAGUAGGUAUCUCAGUCCGGAGGGAUUUUAGAUACCUAAACACUAACACAAACUCCAACAAACUCUUCUUUAACUGAAGAAACCCUUACAGAAUAUUUCCAAUUUCCUCCUUUCCUUGUGAUGCUGUGGAUGUAAGGAUACUUAACCCCUGAACAUCGGCUCUCCCUUAGGUGGUUAGAACCAGGCAUGGCUCUGCGAGAGUCUCCUUUCUCCAACCAGUUUGUUGCAGGCCUACACAGCGUCGCCUGGUGGCUCAUUUUCCCUUGCUUUUGGUUCCUGGACAGGCUGAUUGCUGUCUGUAUCUCCACCACCUUUGAGAAGAGACUGCGCUAUGAGCAGGAGUGCUACCUCAACCCUUUGCGGGUCUUUUUCGGGGCCAUCCUCUUCCUCUGUCUCUUUCUGAUCACGGCUCCCAUCGCCCUGCUGGGAUUUGUCCUCUGGGUCCCCCUGCAGGCGGCCCGUAGGCCGUUCUCCUACCACCGCCAGCGGGUCACCACCCGCGAGGAUCAGGUGGAUGGGGACUGGGCGUUGGGAAGGUCUGGGGGCAGCUUUGGAUUCGUCACCGCCAACCUCUGUCUGCUCCCGGACAGCUUGGCCCGGUUUAACAACCUCAGCCAGACACAAGUGAGGUCCAGGCUGAUUGGUCAGCUGAUCAUUCAAGGUGUGACCAGGCCUGCGGAUUUGCCUAGCAGCACCACGCAGGAAAACAUGCACUGCCUCCUCACCCCCACCCAUCCCUCCUAUGGCGCCACAGAAUCUCAGCCCCCCAGCAGUCCCCUGAACGCCGAGAAACGAACAGCAGUGAGGGAUACCAACGUCCACACCAAAGACGUCAUUAUAGAUGUGAGGGAGGAUACCGAUCCCACUUCUGCAGAUUCAUUAGUCAUGCACGAAGACUCUAGUCAGAGCUGUCCCAGUGGCGGAAGGACCUCUCAGAAGUCAAAGGGACUUGACGACAUCCCCUGGGAAGUUUCUGCCCUCUUUCCCGUCAACGUAGACUUUGUCCUGCUUGAGGAAGCGUUUGACAGGAGAGCAGCCCGGAGGCUGAAGGACAUCCUGAGCCCUUUCUUUGGCCAUGUGCUCUAUGACGUUGGGCUCUAUGGGUUCCAGGGCUGUUCUUCCUUUAAGUUCUUCAACAGCGGCAUCUUUUUCGCAAGUCGCUACCCCAUCCUGGAAGCCUCGUUCCACUGCUUCCCCAAUGGGAGAGGAGAGGAUAGUCUGGCAUCUAAGGGAGUGCUGUCCGUAAAGGUGUUGGUUGGCCAGACUCAAAGACUGAAGAAUGCUGUGGGAUUUUUUAACUGCACACAUUUACAUGCUCCUGAAGAUGAUGGACCAAUCCGCUAUGAACAGCUGGAUAUGCUUAGCAAGUGGAUCAGCGAGUUCCAGGCCCAGACGAAGAAGGAGGAUGAGAUUGUGGUGUUUGAUGUCUUGUGUGGGGACUUCAACUUUGACAACUGCUCCCCUCGUGCUUUAGACUCCAAGCUUCAAGGACCAGGAUCUGGGAACCCUGUCGACGCACUGGAGCAGAAGCACAGCCUGUUUGACAGCUAUAAAGACCCAUGCCGAGCUGGUCCUGGGAAAGAGAAACCCUGGGUCAUAGGUACUCUCCUUGAACAGCCCACACUGUAUGAUGACGCGGUGUCGACUCCAAAAAGGAUGAAGAUGUCUGUGGAGAGCGAGGAGGUCCGGAAGAGGUUCAUCGCCCCGCCAGUAGCCCCGAAAGGCUGUGUGCUGGAAUACCCGGAGCCGGGGGCCCCCUGGGUGGGCAGGCGCAUUGACUACGUCCUGUACAGAGAGGCCACUGUCUCCAGGCACUUGCGGACCGAAGUUGAGAAAAUCACCUUUGUCACCCAGUUCGCCGGGCUGACUGAUCAUAUUCCAGUGGGCAUGAGACUGCGCGUUUCUGUGGACACUGAAGAACCAGAUGUCUGAGGAGAACUGAAGACGGAAUCGGAACUGGCAGUAGAGAUUACAGACUGUAGAGACUGCCCACCUGGACUGCGUGCUCCUUUUAAAUAAAUUCUGUAUAUAUUAGCUGUAAAUCAGGCAGCACACUUGCUACCGUGUUUUUAUAAAUGCAUUUUUGGUGGGCUUUCUUAUUUUAAUAAAAAUGU